ACAUAUGAAAAUGCCAAAAUUAUAAAAAAAAAAAUUUCCUUAUAUCCAUGAAAAAUAAAACAAAAUAUUAUUUAUAAACCUAAUAUCUUUCUCAUGAAUAUUAUUAUUUAUUUAUAACCCUAAUAUCUUUCUCGUGAAUAUCAUUAUCUAUCCAUGAAGGAAAAGGGUGUUCUUCCUAGUGAGAAAGAUAAUAAUUUGAAUGGAAAGAGAAACAUACUGUCGUCAAUAAAGAAUUCUGGCAUCAAAUCCAUCUAUAUAUCAAGCUCACAUCAGAAAUUGUCUAAGCCAGAAAAAUAUCAUAGCAAUAUAAGCAAACACCUAACUUCUCUAUAUCCUGAUCAAAUGGCUCCCAAAAUCAAAAUUCGCGGUCUUUUUUCGAAUAAUUCCAAUAUUUCUAUCGUGCGGAUGAUGGAAGGAGACGUUUCCAAUGGCGUCAAUAAUAAUGCAAUAAGAAAUAAUGGAAGGAAUCAUGGGGAUGCUUCAAAUAAUGUGCAAGAGUGUUGGGUGAAAAGACGAGUCAAGAAAUUAAUUGAACGCAGCAUAUACACCAAAGUUAACAAAGCCAAUUCUAUGGCAAACAGUUUAAAACGACGCCGAUUACAUUUCAAAUGCAAAAGGAAACUGGAAAUGAAAGAAAUUCUAUAUUCCCGCUGCCCCAAAAAUUCUUCUUCAUCCUCAGAAAUAUUAAACCCCACCACAAAAAUAUUGAAAAGGUUGCUGAAGGAAUUUUCUGAAGAUAAAAGGAUGUACCCAACUAAGAGUACGGAUCAUAGUGAGCAGAACCGAGGUUCAUCUUGGUGGAAAAGUUAUACUGACCUCGCGGUUCCUCUUUUUUGGCACAACAAAAUGAAUAAUCAUAUGCAAAAUUAUAAUUAUCUUACAAUACCAAAUUAAGAAAAGAAAGAUUUCAAAAGAAAUUGAAGAAGUCAUAAGUUUUUUUUCUAAUUUAAAAAUUAUCUAUAUAUUUUUUUAUGUAUUUACAUUAAAAUAAUUAUUUAAAAUUUCACGUAAUAAUAUAAUCCAAAUGAUU